AUGAGCAAUAAAACUGGUACAAAUGGCGGUCAGCCACCAAUACAAGGCCAGCCAGCUGCAAGAAAUGAAGGAGAUGUGACGAACACUGAUAAUGCAGAGAAACAGAAAGACUUUUGCCGGGAUUUCAUAUGGGGGCAGUGCAACAAGGGUGCACAGUGCAAGUAUCGUCAUGAACUUGUGUUCGAGGUUAUGAAAAAGACUUUGAAGUUCUGUCACGACUUCCAAAAUUCUUCUGGAUGUACCCGGGAGCUCUGUACAUAUUUGCAUGCAAGUAAAGACGAGCAGUGUCUGUUUAAAGCUACAGGGCAGUUGCCACAAGUGUUGCUGCAACGUCACGCAAACAUGUCUGCAGCCUCCGGUGCUGAAACUGUUCCACAGAUUGCAUUGUAUAUACAAGAGAGUUUAGCGGGUCCACCGCCACCACCGCCACCGCCGCCUUUGCCUGUAACCAAUCCUGUGGCUGUAAGCAUUGCUCCACUUGCACCUGGCCCAGUGUACCCUCGACCGCAUAUGACGAUAGCGCCGAUGGCCCCUCGUCCUGCGCCAAUGAUGCCCAUUCAACAGCCUCCUCCACCCCCACCCCCGACAACAGCACCAAGUACUUCUGUUCGACAAAGGGCACCAGUAUUUACAGUUUCAGCACAGCCAGCAUAUCCACCAGCGACCAAUCCAGGAUAUUCGAUGCCCCAGCCGCCUUCACCUGUAAUACCACUGUAA